AUGGCUACCGAACGAAAAUGCAUAGAAGCCGUCAAUGGUAUUCGUCAUAGAGAAAGAGGUGAAUCAACACAUCCAGUGGUUGACGAGAAUCCCAUGAUAUAUAGCCUUCUCCUCGGCGGGACUGAAUUACACACAGCAAGAUAUUCGUUUACAAACAAGACUUGUGUAUGGUGCUGGCUAAGGUACAUCGAUGAUUCAUGUAUAUGGAGGGUUGUAGCCCACACAGUUGGAAAGUCUUCGAUAUUUUGUAUAUCAAAGUACAUUGCUGAACACACAUGCUCAGUCGACGUCCUUAACCAUGACCACCGGCAGGGCAGCAGUUGGGUGAUAGCGAAUCUUAUAAAGGAUAAGCUUACCGGAACUAGUUGCAUCUAUAGAACAAAACAUAUUAAGGAGGAUGUCCGGAAACAAUGCGGCGUGAACCUAAGUUACUUAAAGGCCUAUCAUGCACAGGAGUUAGCGUACGCUAUGUUAAGGGACCAGCCAGAAGACUCAUACGCAGACCUCCAUGCGUAUGACGAGGCACUAAAAAUAGAAAAUACUGGCACAGUUUUCCAGGUCCAAACCGAUGUGUUUGGUAACUUUAGAUACAUGUUCAUGGCAAUGGGGGCAAGCAUUAGAGGGUUCAAAACGACAAUCCGACAUGUACUUAUGGUGGAUGACACUCACUUGAAAGGUAAGUACAAAGGAGUUUUGCUUUUGGGUGUAGCGAUGGACGAGAACAAUCAAAUUUAUCUAGUUGCCUUCUCGAUCGUUGACAACGAGAGUGAUGCAUCUUGGAAGUGGUUCAUGCAAAACUUAAAAGACAUAAUUGGAGAACUAGACGACUUGGUGUUCAUAUCCGAUCGACACGUAAGUAUCACAAACACAACUACUCAGAUGUUCCUGGGUGCAUUUCAUGGUAUAUGCACUUACCCCCUAACGAAUAACAUUAAAUCUCGUUUCAAGAACAAUACACUGACGAAAUUGUACCAAGACGCAGCUGCAGCAUAUCAUGAGUCAGUAUUCAAGUACUAUUGGAACCAGAUAGUAUCAGUUGGAACUGGUUCAUUGGCUGAAUACUUACAGGAGAUUGGUGUAGAGAGGUGGGCGCGGUACUACCAAGCAUUGUUUCCCUUCUUACUUGGACGAUCUCUCAGUGAUCGAAAGCAAACAAUGUCGUCCGAUGAAGCAACCAGUCCUGUGGUGAAUCAAGUAUCUUCGAUGGCAGAAAACAAUCUCCAAGAUGCUACGGAUGCUGCUAUUCGAGAAGCACAUGAAGAGAUACAAUCAUUGAAGAGAAAACUUCGUACAACCCGGCAUGAACUAAACAACAAGAAGUUGAGGUUACAACAAACUGAAUGA